AUGGCGGCCAAGGCGGUGGCCAAGACUACGGCCAAUACGAUCCAUAUGCUUCCCGACCAGACAACAGAUACAAUAAUGAUGUCGAAGCCGGUGCUGGUGCGGUUGCUGGUUAUGGUACGAUGGUCAUCUCUCUCUCUUGAAUCUACUUUUGAUAUCCCUCCCUCUAUUCCUUCCUCCUCGUAUGCUCCUCAAACACUAAAUAAUAAAAUAAUAUGGGAAACAGAGAUGUCCUCAUACAACAACAACAACAACAACAACAACAACAACAACAACAACCAAACUCAUGGCUACGUUCAAUCAGGUGGCGACAGGCAUGCGAUCCUGAACCAAUGCAGAGAUAUCGAGCGUGGUAUAGAUGAUGUGGACGGGUACAUUGAGCAGGUCAAGGGCCUCUAUAGACGCCUGCUCAGCGACGCGGACCCCGCCCGUGAAAAUACUAUUCGUGCAGAGGCAGACGAGCUGGCUAGCGAGACGAAACGCCUCUAUCAGAAUCUCAUCCAGCGCAUGAAAGCCAUAAAACAGUCCCCCGGAUCCGGAGAGACCAUGAACACUGCUCAGAUCGGAAAGGUCGAGAGACGUCUCAAGGCCGCCAUCACAAACUACCAACGCGUGCAGUCGGAUUUCCGCAAGGGCUUGGAGGCGCAGAUGGCAAGACAGUACAGAAUUGUGCGGCCUGAUGCUACUGAUGCGGAAGUCCAAGAAGCCGUCCAAGACCCUUCGAACCAGCAAAUAUUUAGCCAGGCACUUAUCCAAAGCGAUCGACGCGGCGAUGCCCAAAAGGUUUCUCAGAUGGUACGCGCCAGACACGACGAAAUUUUGAAAAUCGAACGGGAUCUGCUCGAGUUGGCACAGAUGUUCCAGGAUCUUGACACCCUGGUUGUCCAGCAAGAAGCCGCUGUCGAAAGGAUCGAUCAACAAGCCGAAGACGUCAACGUUAAUAUGCAAAAAGGUAACGAGGAAAUUACCGGCGCCAUCGCAAAGGCACGCGCUCGCAACAAGAAGAAGUGGAUCUGUCUGGGGAUUGUUGUUCUUAUCGUCCUUGUUCUUGUCCUUGUCCUCUCGCUCUAUUUCACCGUUGGACCUGGCGGCAAUAAAAAAGUCUAA